AUGGAUAUCGGUAAUGUACAAAAUGUUAGACGCGUAAGAAAUUUAAGAAAUGUGCAUUUUAUUAGACAGCGGAAAAUAUAUAAGAUUCGUAAAAAUCCUUACAUCGAACUUACUAAUAAUGAAUUUCGUAAAAAGUAUCGAUUUUCAAAAGCAGAAUGCUUACAAAUCGUAAACGAAAUUCGUGACUUUUUACCUCGAGCAGUUAACAAUCGCGGAAAACCAAUUUCACCGAGCUUACAAUUGUUGAUUGCACUUCGUUAUUUAGCUAGAGGACAAUUAAUUAUUGAUUAUGUUCAGGACGACAGUGGAGACUUACAUGGUGUUAGUCAACCGACAGGUAGUCGAUGUUUGAGUCAAAUUUGUAGAUCACUAGCAUCAUUAAAAAAUAAUUAUAUUAAGUUUCCAUUGACCAAUGAAGAAUUAGCUACUAAGAAGGCAGAUUUUCAUAGAAAAUUUAAUAUGCCUUCGAUAAUUGGUGCGAUAGAUUGUACACAUAUACGGAUCAAAAAGGUAAUUUGUGAUGCAAAUUGUCAUAUAUUGCAUGUAAUUGAUCGUUGGAGAGGAAGUGCACACGAUUCAAGGAUUUGGAACGAAAGUCUUAUCAAGGAACAAUUUGAAAAUGGAUCAAUAAAUGGUAUCUUACUUAGUGAUAGUGGUUAUGCUUGUACUCCAUAUAUGUUGACACCAAUUCUUAAUCCUCAAAACGACGUGGAGCGGCAAUACAAUUACACACACAUCAGAGCAAGAAACACAAUAGAGAGAUUAUUUGGACAAAUCAAGCAACGUUUUCGCUGUCUAUUGCGAGGAAUGACCAUAAGUCUCGAGAACGCUAAAGUUGAUAUAGUGGUAUUAUCAGUGUUACACAACAUGAAAUUACAUUUUAAAAAACACUUAAAUAUCAAUAAUAUAAAUCCUAACGAUAACAACAAUAGUAGCACAGAAGAUAGUAGUGAAGACGAUGAUUAUAAUGAAGAAAGUGAAAGUGAUAGUUCUGCAGAUGAGGACAAUUAUAAUGUUGUACAAAUAAACCAAAAUAGAGGUAAUGUAGCAAGAGCAAAAUACAUACGACAGUUUUUGAUUAAACGUAUGUAA